AUAAACAAUAAAAGAGGCCUUCAUGCUUCACUGGAUUCUUCGGCAGGCAUUAAAACGAAGCACAGGAAAUGAGAAAUGUUAUGGCUUCCGACACCACAUGGACUGUAAAGUCCACAGGUUAGUGGAUGUACAGCUGCAGCAGGGAGAAGGGAGAUGGAAUUACCUAUGCAGAUCCGUUCCAACAUAUUACGGGCUUUAGCCUUUUCUUAUCUGUUUUCCAUGGUUACUUUGUUGGUGUACUUGAUGUACUCCGCCACUGUCAAUCUCCCAAGCCUUCCGGAGGGCCACUCCAUUUACUGGUGGCGUGAUGCUUCCUACGGCCGCUACAUUUUACGACAUACGUGCAUUGACUCUGACGUGGUGUGUGACGAGUGUUGUUAUUGUUACACCCCAGCGUCUCAUAUCCUUGCUGACUUUGGUGAGUUAAGCCAGGCUUCGUUGACUCAAAGACGCUGUGAAAAGAGACUCCCUCAAGCUAUCAUCAUAGGUGCAAUGAAGUCAGGGACGUACGCUUUGAGAACUUACCUAAGUUAUCAUCCACAUGUAGCCAUGGCUUAUGACGAACCCUGGUUCUGGAACAAACCCGAGGAGUUUGAUCAAGGAUUGGAGCGAUACCGUAGAUUGAUGCACUACAGUACUCCGGGUCAGGUGACCAUGGAGAAAACACCUGAUUAUUACCACGCUGUAGGUGUUCCAGAGAACAUUGCUAAACAUCUGCCUGACGCAAAGAUCCUAAUGAUCAUGAAGGAUCCGGUAAAGCGAGCUAUCUCCCAUUACAACUUCGAAAGACUCAGGAGCGAAGACUCUGAAUUCCCUGCUACGUUUGAGCAGGCUGUUUUGACGGCUGACGGGCGCAUUGAUGAACACUCCAAAUAUAUUUCCUGGUCCGGUUACUCUACGUUUGUUCGACUUUGGCUGCGACACUUUCCACCACAGCAAUUCCUGGCCAUCGACGGCGAUCCGUUUAUCCGCAAUCCGCUGCCUCAACUACAGCGCAUCGAAAAGUUCCUAGGCAUCCGGCCCUUUUUUAGCGAGGACAUUUUCACCAAAAACACCACCAGUGGCUUCUGGUGUUUAACUAAGCCAAUCGUUUCUUGUGUCCCGCAGAGUCGACCACACCCACCUCACCCAAAAGUAAGUGACUCUGUGCUGACGAAUUUAUAUCAGUACUUUAGACCGCUCAAUAAACAACUUGCCAACCUUCUGAAAGAACCCUCGUUUGAGUGGUGUUCUUAUUAAAUAUAAUUUGCGUGUACAUUCUUGAAGGUGUACAGGUCAUUGCUGUACAUGUGUUCAGAGAAAUCGGUUGUCGUGUUCUUUAGUCAGACCAAGUAAUCCGUUUUGUUUAGGACAUGACUUAACUUUGUGGCCGUGGGAGAGGUCACCAGUGACUUGAUGUUAGGCGUUAUAAUAGGGAUGAGUCUUAAUCAGCGGUUUCCCCAAUUCGAAAUGAGCUGAUUUCACAUUCCAAUAACUGAAUAGACAGGAUUCCAAAAUAAAUUAGACGGACACAUCACUUUUAAGUUAAGCAUUUUAGUAGUCGGAUACACACUUAAGGGUAGAUCGCUUGUUGGUUGUGCUGACAUUGUUAAAUUUGCUUCAUUUUCUUUGAUAAGAAAUUUUAUUGCACAUUCCUGUGAACUAAGGAUCCUUAAAAGUUACUUUUGAUAUGACACUCUGAUGCAUUUUAAUUAUUAUUUUUGCAAGUUUGGUUCUUAUGUUAGGCCCGUUUCAGACGUCGCCCUUCUGCCGUGUCGAUCUUAAGAUCGGUUGGUGUUAGUUCAUGAAAACGAAAAUGUCUCCAUUCCCUUUAAAUGCGCACAAAUUGGAUCAGCUCGCGCACCACUGAGUGCCAGUUCGUGGUGUACCCGACGUAGUAGAGCGUCGUACGUGUUUCUGCACCUCUUGUAGUUGUGUAAUACGUGUACUUUAUGGUUUUAUGGGCAGUUGUUUAUUUACUUAUUUUAGAAGUUCUUAACCAUAAACAACACUGUAGCUGGAAAAGGAAUAAACAGUAAACAAAAAGAAAAAAUAGUUGCAAUGUCUAUCAAUGAGUCAAUGGAAUGUUUUGGUGUAGAAAAAAAUUAAUCUAGAAAUUCUACGUAGAAUUCUCGCAUUUAUACACCAUCUAUAUGGCACUGAGGACUUCGUCAGUUUGGGUGUACCAGAUUUUGAACUGGACGACUGAAAGAAUGGCUAAAAAUUUUCGUUUAAGAUUAAGAUCAUUCAUUAGUGGGGCUGGAUGGUAUUCUGACAGCACACGUCUAACAAUUAUGACGUCAAUUGGGAACAGCAACACGAGCGGGAGAGGUCUAAAGCUUAAUAUCUUACUUUUUGUUGUAUUUUCCCCACUAAUUCCAUUAAAGGGGUGUGUUCGAUUAGCUUACACGGACAACCAUGACCUAAGAAUGACUUUGUGCGCUAUGUCAAACAAUCACGAUAGCUUAUCGAAAUAUGGAGGGGAAAA